AUAGAAUCGAUUGUAUUGUAUUAGAAUAAAACAAUCCAGCCCAAUCCGAUCGUUUUCCACAGAUUUCUGGCAAUUUCCAGGUGAUCCAUGAUACUGUCCGUUUUCAGACGAUUCGAAUAUUACCAAUUCCGAAUUUUGAAAACCCUGCAAAUGAAGACAAGGAAUAGGAAACCCACCAGCUACUAUUACUAUUAAUGGGAUCCUUAACCGAGACACUGCAAGGUACACAGACCACUUUCAUGGUAACAAUCACCGCCUUUACAUUUCAUCAAAUCCUUGAAACCCAACCUCACCUGCUCUUUCCUUUCUUCUUCCUCUUUCCCCCUCUCUUCCUUCGUCGUCUCUCUCUCUCUCUCUACCCAGCAAUGGCUGGGAAUUCGGUAAAGUGGCUUUUACUCUCUCUCUCUCACAUGCUGCCUAACCAUCACCUUUCCUGCCUCUAUGGCAACCACCGCCUCGACUCCCAUGAGAACAUAAGUUAUCCAAAUGGAAAACUCGGCACGACCAGAAUCCUUCACAGACCACCUCCACUGGUACUCUUCCACUGUAAAUUCAGUUGUUGCUAAACCUGAAACAGUGGGUGAUAUCUCAGUCGAAGAAGCUGCGGAUGACAGGAUAAUCCAUACCUAUGGAACCGCUUUCCAUGGCUUCGCAGCUCGGCUUAGCGAAGAAGAAGCUGAGAAACUCGAAGAAGGACAUGGCGUUGUGGCCUUGUACCCUGAAACUGUCUACCAACUACACACCACGAGAAGCCCAUUGUUUCUCGGGCUCGAACCGGAGAACGGUAAUAGUAUCUGGGCUGACAACCUCUUCGACCAUUAUGUCGUCGUCGGGGUUCUGGACACUGGAAUUUGGCCGGAGAGCCCGAGCUUCAACGAUACAGGCAUGGCACCAGUUCCCAAGCAUUGGAAGGGAGCCUGCGAGACUGGGCGGGGCUUCACUAAAACCAACUGCAACAAGAAAAUCGUGGGAGCUCGGAUCUUCUAUCGUGGGUAUGAAGCCGCCUCGGGGAAGAUCAAUGAGCGAGAAGAGCUCAAAUCGCCUAGGGAUCAAGAUGGCCAUGGCACACACACGGCUGCCACGGUUGCUGGGUCCCCUGUUCGAGGUGCUAACUUUCUGGGCUACGCUGGUGGCACGGCAAGAGGAAUGGCCUUGAAGGCGAGAGUUGCAGCUUACAAGGUUUGUUGGGUUGGUGGUUGCUUCAGUUCUGAUAUUCUCUCUGCAAUCGAUCAGGCUGUAGCUGAUGGUGUUAAUGUUCUCUCAAUCUCCCUUGGAGGUGGGGUCUCUUCCUACUACCGUGACAGCUUGUCGAUUGCUGCGUUUGGGGCUGUGGAGAUGGGGGUUUUUGUUUCCUGCUCCGCUGGAAAUGGAGGACCUAACCCAGACACCCUUACAAAUGUGUCCCCAUGGAUCACCACCGUCGGAGCUAGCACCAUGGACAGGGAUUUCCCGGCCACUGUGCAGCUUGGGAAUGGCAAAACUCUGUCUGGUGUCUCAGUUUACAAAGGCCAGAGAAACGUCUCAAUUAAUAAGCAAUACCAACUGGUUUACAUGGGAAGCAACUCCAGCAGCCCUGAUCCGACUUCAUUGUGUUUGGAGGGGACUUUAAAUCCACAUGCUGUGGCAGGGAAGAUUGUGAUUUGUGAACGAGGCAUCAGCCCAAGAGUGCAGAAAGGUCAGGUGGUGAAAAAUGCAGGUGGAGUGGGCAUGAUCUUAGCAAACACUGCUAUUAACGGGGAGGAGUUAGUUGCAGACAGCCACCUUCUUCCAACAGUUGCAGUUGGAGAAAGAGCUGGGAAAUUCAUCAAACACUACACAGACACUGAUCCACACCCCACUGCCACACUAGCUUUUCUUGGAACCAAGGUAGGAAUUAGGCCCUUCCCUGUGGUUGCGGCUUUCUCAUCAAGGGGACCAAACUUGCUAACACCAGAAAUUCUUAAACCAGACCUGGUGGCUCCAGGAGUGAACAUUCUUGCAGCAUGGACCGGGGACGAAGGGCCUUCGGGCUUGCCAACGGAUCGACGGAGAGUGAAGUUUAACAUAUUAUCUGGAACUUCUAUGUCUUGCCCUCAUGUUAGUGGAGUCGCAGCUCUGCUCAAAGCCAGACACCCAGAUUGGAGUCCAGCUGCAAUUAGAUCAGCUCUCAUGACCACUGCUUAUGUUCAUGAUAACACACGCAACCCCAUCAUAGAUGAUUCCAGUGGUGCACCUUCGAGCUCCUUCGAUCAUGGAGCUGGCCACAUUAACCCGUCAAGAGCUCUUGACCCUGGCCUUGUUUACGACAUGGCUGUGCAGGAUUACUUCGAAUUCCUCUGCACACAGAAGCUAACGCCUAUGCAGCUCAAAGUGUUCACCAAGUCCUCCAACCGGUCCUGUCAACACAUUCUUGGAAACCCAGGGGAUCUAAAUUAUCCAGCUAUCUCUACAAUACUCCCAAAUCAAUCUUCUAACACUGUCCUGACUCUACACAGAACUGUCACCAAUGUUGGGACUCCCAUAUCAACAUACCAUGCGAAGGUUUCCCGGUUCACCGGCGCUUCUAUCACAGUGAAGCCAAAAAUCCUGCAAUUCACAAGGAAAUACCAGAAACUGUCUUUCAAGAUCACAUUCACAGCAAAAUCCCUGCAAUCAAAGCCAGAGUUCGGAGGUUUGAUGUGGACUGACGGCGUUCACAGAGUUAGAAGCCCAAUUGUAAUCUCGUGGCUGGAAAAAUUAUAAAUCACUUCACAUAUAACUCUGCAGAGAGAAUAGUUUUUCCACAAUAAACAAGCAACUCGAGCAGUCAUGAACUCCUGAUCCGACUUUGUAGUGUCUGGAGGAGUCUUUAGAUCAACAUAGUGGCCAGAAUGAUUGUGAUUUUUUACCAGGGCAUCAGCUCAAUUGUGCAAAAAGGUCAGGUGGUUUGGAUUUCAGAUUGUACUUGCCACUUCUUAGGGAGGAACUUGCUGUCUUCUUCGACAGGUUCGGUUGCAUCGUUGGGCUGUUGAGGCUGAAGUAUGUUCUUGAUGGCAAUGGUCUUCGUGUUACCUUCUUCAAAGCUCAGCAAUGUAAACUUCUCCACAACCUCUUUUUCC